AUGGAGUCAAGUUUGACGUCGAGUUUCCUCAAAAUUGGUGAUACUGUAGCUUUAUAUGCCGAAGGGACUGUUUGUGGAUUUAUUAGUACUCUUGGUCUUGUUGAUGAUCGAUGUGUUGUACAACCUGAUGCCGGUGAUUUACAAAAACCACCAAAAAAAUUUCGAGAUUGUCUAUUUCGUAUUUGUCCAAGUCAUCGAUAUAGUGCCCAAACUCAAUAUUGGAAUGCAUUAAAAAGUUCAAGUAGUGUUCGAGAUUUAAAAAAAUUACAACUUGCUGCUGAUACAGAAAAACGUCAAAAUGAAGAAGAAAGUCGCAAACAAACUGGCACUAUUAUAAAAUAUGGCGACACUGUUGUACAGUUACUACAUAUAAAAAGUAAUAAAUAUUUAACUGUAAAUAAACGUUUACCAGCAUUUUUGGAAAAAAAUGCAAUGCGUGUUUCCCUCGAUAAUAGUGGUACUGAAGGUUCAUGGUUUCAAAUUGAACCUUAUUAUAAAUUACGAGCAAAAGGCGAACGUGUUGUCGUAGGUGAUAAAGUUGUACUUAUGCCAUAUAGUGGUGGACAGCCAUUACAUGUUAGUGAAUUAGAACUACCAGAUCAUCCUGGUUCCAAGGAAUGCUGCAGUGUUAUUAAUCUUCACACGGUUAAUUCUCAUUUGCAAACAAGUUGGAAAAUUGUUUUAUUUAUGUCAUGUCGUGAAGCAACGAAUGAAGUACUUAAAAGUGGUGAUAUUGUUCGUUUAUUUCAUGCUGAACAAGAAAAAUUUUUAACAUGUGAUAAUUAUCGAAAAAAAAGUGUUGUCUUUUUACGUGCUACUGGUCGUGCAUCAGCAACAGCAGCAACAUCAUCAAAUGCAUUAUGGGAAAUAGAAGUUGUACAACAAGAUCCAUGUCGUGGUGGUAUUGGUCAAUGGAGUUCAUUAUUUCGUUUUAAACAUUUAGCUACAGGACAAUAUCUUGCAGCUGAAGUUGAUAAUGAUCAAACAUUUGAUGCAACACGACAAAAAUUACGUGGUCCACCAGGUACACCUGUAUUUGCUCUUGUACCUAUUCCACAUGGUUAUGAUAUAUCAUCUAUAUUUGAACUUGAUCCAACAACAAUAACACGUAAUGAAGAAGCUGUACCAUGGGGUUCAUAUGUACGUUUACAACACAUAUGUACAAGUACAUGGGUACACUCAACAAAUAUUAAAUUAGAUCCUGAUGAUGAUAAUGUACGUUUUAAAAUUGGUUGUGCAUUAACAAAAGAAGAUCGUGAAGCAUUUCAAAUAGUACAUGUUUCACCAGAUGAAGUACGAGAUUUAGAUUUUGCUAAUGAUGCUGCACAACAUUUUGAUAUGACAGUAUCAAAAUGGGAAAGAAUUGGAGCUAUGAAUGUACAUGCUAAUGAUAGAAAGCAAGUAAUAAUGCUCUUAACAGAUAUUGUAUAUUUCCUUGCUUGUCAAGAAAAUAAUGGCACUGAUCCAUUUGAUAUACACAUUUUAAAAGCAAAUCGUGAAAGACAAAAAUUAAUACGUGAACAGAAUAUUUUAAAACAAUUAUUUCGUAUUCUUCGAGUAUUAAAACCACGCUUAGAACAAGAACGUUCAAAUAUAAAUUCAGCAAAUGCUUUAGCAACGCGUUCAGAUUAUCAUUAUUAUCAACAUCAAAAUUCAACAAUGCCAAAUAAUGAUUCAUUUAUGUCAUCACAACAACAAGAUGCUGAUGUACGUUAUUCAACAGCAUUUUAUCAAAUAAAAGCAAUAUGUCGUCUUUGCUAUCGUACACUAAAACAUUGUCAACAAGAAUAUCGAAAAAAUCAAGAAACAAUUGCAAAAGAAUUUUCUUUUAUGCAAUCUCAAAUUGGUUUUGAUAUUUUAGCUGAAGAUACAAUAACAGCUUUAUUACAUAAUAAUAAAAAAUUAUUAGAAAAACAUAUUACUGAAAAAGAAAUUGAUACAUUUGUUAAAUUAUUAAGAGAAAAACGAGAUUGCAAAUUUCUGGAAUAUUUAUCAGAUUUAUGUGUAUCAAGUAAUCAAGCUAUAGCAAGAACCCAAGAAAUGAUAUGUAAAUCUGUAUUGGAAAAAAAUUCCGAUAUUUUAAUACGAACAAAACUUGAAACAAAAGGAUGUGUUGAAGAUAUGAUAUUAGAUGAUAAUAUGGGUCCACCAAUUGGUUUUUCAAAUCAAAAUAUUUUACGUGAAGUUAUAUUAACAUGGGAUGGAAAAUCUGAAUCAAUUGAAUUUAUGGCUGGUGUUGUACGAGAUCAACUAGCACAUCCAAGACGAGAAGAAUUUCGAAAUAUUUUAGAAUAUUAUAGAUAUCAACUUAAUUUGUUUUCUCAUAUGUGUUUUGAUCGACAAUAUUUAGCUAUUGAUAAUUUAUCAUUAGAAUUAUCAAUUGAACUUAUAUUAACAUGUACAAAAAGUGAAAAUCUUCCAGCUGAUUUACGUGCAGCAUUUUGUCGUUUAAUGGUUCAUAUGCAUGUUAAUCGUGAUCCACAAGAAGAAGUAACACGUAUUAAAUAUGCUCGAUUAUGGAAUCAAGUUAAAUCAGCUAUUUCAUUACAUGAGUAUGAUCAAACAAUAAGUGGUUCACUUGAACCAACAGAAAAAAAUGAAAAUCGACCAAAAUUUGAAGCAACUAUGAAAUUUGUUGAAGAUUAUCUUAAAACUGUUGUUGAACAACCAAAUUCAUUUUCUGAUAGAGAACAAAAUAAAUUAACACAUGAAGUUGUCAAUUUAGCUCGUCGUUUAAUAUUUUUUGGUUUUUAUAGUUUUGAAGAUUUACUUAAAUUAACUCAAACAUUACUUGGAAUUCUUGAUACAAGUAAAGUUUUAUCAUCAAACAUUCGUCAUUCAAGUCCUGAACAAGUUACAACCAUCGUAGCAACUUCGAAAACAUCAAAAUAUGAUCAUAUGCUUCCAACAACUAGUCCAUAUAAUGUUAGUGAUGUUGUAACUGAACAACAAACAGAUAUACUUGACAAUUUAGCUUAUGAAACUAAAAUGAAUGUUAUUGCUAUCCUUGAAUUUAUUCUUGAUAUUCGUCUUGAUUUUCGUAUUUCACGUCUCAUAUCAAUAUUUAAACAAAAAUAUGAUCGUCUUGAACCAUCAGUCAAUUCAAUUAGUACAGAUUUGCAAGCCUCGGAUAUUGAAUGUAUAUUUGACUCUUAUUUAACAUCAAUGAUUGAACCAAAUCUUGAUUUGGAUGAUACAAAAGGAAAAACUUUUCUUAAAGUAUUACUUAAUUUAAUUAUGCAUGAUUAUCAACCAUUAGUAUCACGUGCAUUAUCAUUAUUAUUUCGUCAUUUUAAUCAACGUAAAGAAACAUUACAACAUUUAAAUCAAGUACAAUUACUUGUUAGUGAAACUGAUAUUAAAAAUUAUAAACAAAUUAAAUUAGAUCUUGAUCAAUUAAGAUUAUUUGUUGAAAAAUCUGAAUUAUGGGUUUAUAAAAAAGGAAAAGAUGGAAUAUUAACAGUAUCUAUUGGAAAUGAAACUAAUAUUGAUCAAGAUGAUAGAAAAGAUGAUGAAUUUGAAAUUAAGAAAUUAGCUACAUCAUCCGGUUUCAACGAAGCCGAAUUCGAUAUAAGUGGUCCAAGUAUCAGUGAAGAAUCUGCAUAUCGAUAUACAUCAAUAUUCCAGGGUAUACAUAAAUUCAUUGACACGAUCCUUCGUCGAAUGAUGAAAUUAUGUGUUGUUGAGGGUGCUGAUGAAAAUUUAUAUGCUCGAGAAAAUGAACAACGUUUAUUAAGAAAUAUGGAUGUACAUGUUGUUGUACUUGAUUUAUUAAGAAUUCCAUAUGAUAAAGCUGAAGAUACUCGAAUGAAUCAUAUUAUGAAAUUAGCACAUAAUCUUUUACAAUAUUUUUGUUUUAAUAAUCCAACAAAUCAAGCAAAAUUAUAUGAAUUAUAUUUUAAUGAUUAUCAACAAAUAUCUGAAGAAGAAGAAGUUGAAACAUGUUGUUAUAUAUUUAUGAAUAAUGUUCAAUUAUGUAAAACAAUAACUGAAAAACAUGUUCAACAUUUUGUUCAUUUAAUUGAAUUACAUGGUAGAAAAGUAAUAUAUAUAAAAUUUUUACAAACAAUUGUUAAAGCUGAAAAUCAAUAUAUUAAAAAUUGUCAAGAUAUUGUUAUGUCAGAAUUGGUUAGUUCCGAUGAAGUAUUAAUGUUUUAUGAAAAAGGAAAUUUAUCAGAUCUUGUUGAACGUAUGCAAUCCGAACAUGAACGUUCAGAUCCAAAUUCAUUAUUAAAUUAUCAUGUACAACUUGUACAUUUAUUAGCAAUGUGUACUGAAGGAAAAAAUGCAUCAACAGAAAUCAAAUGUCAUUCAUUAAUUGGUUUAGAUGAUAUUGUUUUAAUUGUUACACAUCCUGAUUGUACACCUGAAGUUAAAACUGCAUAUAUUACAUUUUUAACUCAUUGUUAUAUUGAUACAGAAGUUGAAAUGAAAGAAAUUUAUAAUAGUCAACAUAUUUAUACUUUAAUUGAAAAUUCAUUUUGUCCAGAUAUUGAAAAACUAAUAACCAAAAUAGUUGAACGUCGUAAUUUAGAAAAAUAUAUAUUAGACACUGUAACUGAUUUAAUCAAUCAAUUUUUCAAUUCACCAUUUUUUGAACAAGCAUCAGCACCACAGCAUCGCAACACAAUACUUAUAUCAUUAUAUAGUCAUUUAGCUCGAUUAUUAUGUGUACAAUGGUUAACAACAUCAGAACGUGAACGUGUUGAUAGAUGUAUUCAUAUUUUAUCAUUAAUUGCUGAUCGUCGUGGUCUUAGUCAUUUUUUACGUUCCAAUAGUUCAUCAACUGAUAUACCAACUCGUUCACGACGUACAAGUCGUAGUGCAACAUCUGACCGAAUGCAUAGUAUUGAACCUGCAUAUAGUACAUUACAAAGACAUGAUCAUUUAGAAGAUGUAGAACAUAAACGUGUUAUUGAUAAUUUUGUGGAUUUUCUUUCUCAAGUUAGUGUUAGACUUAAUCCACUUAUUCAAGCUGAAGUUAGUGUACUGGUAGAUGUUAUUCGAGCACCACAUGCACUCUUUCCUGAAACACAUGAAUCGCGUUUUAAAUUUCUUGGUGGAACAUUUGUACACAAAUUAAUACAGCAUGCCAAAUAUUUGCUGACACAAGCCGAGGAAAGCCUAUGUUUGCGCAUAAUGCAUGCACUCAAAUCAAUGGUCAAAAACAAUUAUGAACAUGAUUCAAGGGGACAAAAUUUAAGAUUGAAAUUAUUAAGGAGAUAUUUUUCUGAUGAUAAACAAUAUUUAAAAUCACUUCAUCAACCAUUAAAAGAAGAAGAUGCUCUUGAAAGAUUAAGAAUAACACAAAAUGAAUUAAAUACACAAGGAGCUAGUGAUCUUGUUGUAGAAUUAUUUAUGAGUGAAUCACCAAUAAAUAUACUUGAAGAAAGUGUUAAUUUAGCUAUAGCAUUAUUAGAAGGUGGAAAUACAGAAGUUCAGACAAGUAUUUUUCGUCAUUUACAAGGAUGCGAAACAGCAUCAGAAAAAUUCUUUCAAGUUUUCUAUGAUAAAAUGUGUAUUGCUCAAAAAACAUUAAAAAGUAUGCCAUCAACAACACCUGAUAUGGACCAACAUCAUGAUGAAUUUGAUGAUUUAAUAUUUACAUCAAAAUCUGGUACAGCAUCACCUAUAAUAAGUCCACCAGUUAUUGAUCGACAACAACCAAUUAUGUCAUUUGUAGAAAAUUUUAAUUAUGAUCAACAAUCAGCUAUUAUUUCAACUGUUAAUUCAUUAGAACAAGAUGUUAUUUCAAUUCCUCAAUCACAAGAACAACCACAAGCAUUAAUUGUGACAUCAACAACUUAUCAAGAACCAACUCUAGCAGAACAGACACCAAAUUCAGCAGCAUCAUCAUUUGAUAUUUUUGAUUAUCCCUCUCAAAAUCGUCGUUAUAAACUUCCAUUUGAAAUUCGUAUAAUGCAACCAAUAUUACGUUUUUUACAAUUACUCUGUGAAAAUCAUAAUCCUGAAUUUCAGAAUUAUCUUCGAUUACAAAAUCAUAAUAAAACAAAUUAUAAUCUUGUUUGUGAAACAUUAAAAUUUCUUGAUGCUAUUUGUGGUUCACAAACUGGUUUACUUGGUCUAUUAGGAAAUUAUAUUAAUGAAGAUAAUGUUGAAUUAAUUAAUCAAGCAUUAAAUACAUUAACUGAAUAUUGUCAAGGACCAUGUCGAGAUAAUCAAGAUGCUAUUGUUAAUCACGAAUCCAAUGGUAUUGAUAUAAUUAUUGCUAUUGUUUUAAAUGAUAUAACACCAUUAAAUCAAAAAAAUUAUGAUCUUGUACUUGAAUUAAAAGAUAAUGCAUCAAAAUUACUUUUAGCUGUUAUGGAAAGUCGAGAUGAUAGUACAAAUGCAGAACGUAUUCUUCGAAAUAUUGUACCUGUUUCACAAUUACUUGAUGUUGGUUGUGAAAUUUAUGCUCGUGGUAAACAACAAGAAAUAGAAGAAAAAUGUGCACAAGAAACUGAAAGUGAUGAACUAGUACAUGAUGAAGAAGCAAAUGAAGGUUCCGAUAAUGUUGCUCAAAGUGUUGGUCAUAAUAUAUAUAUUCUUGCAUAUCAGCUUGCUCGUCAUAAUCGUGAACUUGAAGUUUUAAUGAAACAUCGAAUGUUAAAUGAUGAAGCAUUAUCAUAUUAUCAUAAACAUACAGCUGAAAUUGAAAUAAUUCGACAUGAUCGAUCUAUUGAACCAAUUGUCUUUCCUGUUCCACAAUUAUGUGAAUUUUUAACUGUUGAAAAAAAACAAAAAGUCUUUCUAACAUGUGAACAAGAUGAACAAAGUUCAAAAGUAAAAGAUUUUUUUGAAAAAUUUCCUGAAAUAUUCGAAGAAAUGAAAUGGCAAAGAAAAUUACGUCAUCAACCAACAUUAUAUUGGUUUUCAUCACAUAUGUCUUUAUGGAGUGAUAUAUCAUUUAAUUUUGCUGUUUUAAUUAAUAUUCUUGUCGCGGUUUUUUAUCCAUUUAAUAAAGGUCUUAAAGAUCUUGAUCCACGUGCAUCAGCAGCUAUAUGGAGUGCAUUAUUUAUUACAUUAAUUGCUAUUCUAAUAAAACCAAAUGUAGCAUCAAUGCGAAUGUUUUUUGUUGCUGGAAUUUUACGUUCGAUUUAUUCAGUGGGUCUUGGACCAACUUUAUGGUUAAUGGGAGCAAUACAAGUUUUAAAUAAAGGUGUAUUUUUAGUUAGUUUCAUGGGUAAUAAUGGAACAUUUUCAAAAUCAAGAUAUGAAAAUUUAACAAAUUUUGAACUUGUUUAUCAUGUCGGAUAUUUACUACUUUGUGUAUUUGGUCUUUGUCUUCAUGAAUUCUUCUAUAGUUUAUUAGUAAGUUGA